AUGCUCACUUCGCUACGUCGUCUGGCUCUGCUCGGUCUCGUAGCAGCUUCUUCGGUGGUCGGAAAGGGUGCGAUAGGGAUCAAACAGGGGAAAGUAGCUGUUACUUCUUCUGAUGGAUUGGGGGAUGCUACGUAUACACUGAAGGAACCUACACCUCUUCCCUCGCCCAUCACUCUGACCGAAGGAUCAACGUUCAAGCUUUCAUUCUCCGUCGUUGACACCACCUCAGGCGAAAGUGUAUAUCCUCAACAAGCUCAUCUGCUGUUCGAAGAUCCGAAAGGGGAUGAUGUGACUCUACCAGUCAGCGUGAAGAGUAAUGGCAAAGCGCAGAUUACCAUUAACACUGCCAAACCCCAUCCAGCACUUCUCACGACCCACGGCUCAUUCCAUCUCACCCUCCUUCUCAGCUCCCUAGACUCCCUCGAACCCCUUGCAUACCCCCUCGGACAACUCUCCUUACCACCUUCUAUCCUCAAACCCAUCCCUAGAAAACGACAUGACCUCCCUCCGAGACAGGGCGAACCUGCGUUCCAACCUCAACAGGAGAUAUUCCAUACAUUCAAAGAGGAUCCUAAGACUGUUGGAUGGACCUUAUCAAUCAUUGGGACUAUAGUUACUUUGGCUCCUUGGACGGUAUUGUUGGGUUUGGUCGGCAAGAUAUCCCCUUCACUCAAUUUCCAAACUCCCCCUGUAUCAUCGUAUAUCUUCUUGUUGGUGUUGGGUGCAUUGGAAGCGUUGAUAUUUGUUUAUUGGCUCAGACUCAAAUUAUACCAUCUCUUACCUGCGUUCUUGGGAUUGUCAGUUAUCGCUACUUACACCGGUAUAGUUGCGCUUAGGGAAUUGAGAGCUAGAAGACUGAAAGCUGGCGGUGCGCCAUAG